AUGAUCCAUCCGUUGAUCGUAUGCGAAAAGCCACUGUUUGCGAGUUUUGGCCAACUGGAUAAGACCGAAAUCUGUGUGGAAGGAAAGACUUUCAAAGUGACUGCCAAGGGCUCCGUUUGUUACGCCUAUAACCGUUGCGGAAAGGGCAUGUACGCUGUGGGUUACCUAUGUGAGGCUGGGGCGGUGAAUCUGAUGAGCCAUGACACGUUUCUACGUCUUCGAGGAGCCUCCGUGAGGCGAGAUCACGACCAUUCGUUGCUGGAAAUGCCGCUGUUGAAAACUGAAAUCUCCAUGGGAGGAGAAGAAAAGGUGUUUUGGAAGGGUCAAGAGAUUGGCCGAGUCGAUCUGCGUUAUUGGCAUGAACGACUGGGUCAUAUCAGUGGGGCUACAAUGAAGAACUACCAAAAGGUGAUCAAGGGUCUCCCUCCGUAUUUUUGGUGGUAA